AAAAUAAAAACAGGUGAUUAAGAAAAUAAUGAAAAUAAUAAUUAAAAGGAUAAGAACAGGGAAAUAAAGAACGAGAAAAGGAAAGAAGAGAGGAGAAGGUGCGUUCGGUUUGGUGCCAAACACCGUCUCUCUCUGUAGUUGGUUCGCUUUUCUUCAACAGAACGCCUGUUAGAACCCACCACAGAGCAGCGGCGAUCCUAUCAAUUCACUUCUUGGUGGAGUCAAACCCACGCCAUCCUUCUUCCCGAUCACGAGGAAAGGUAUGGGAGCAGAGGGAGAUAUCAACUUGUCAAGUCUGCAGUCUCAGUUAAGUGAAACUCAUGAAACUUGGAAGCAGGAGAUGGAGCGAAGCCAAUCCCAAGUUGAUGUAUUACAGGACAAAAUUAUGGAGGUGAAGACCAGCAUUCAGGGGUCAGAGGAAGAGUCAAAAAAGGAACUAGAGGUUCUUUGGAGAAGGGUAAAAGCUGCUGCAAUUUUGUUGACCUAUUUGAAAUCCAAGGCAAGAGCAAUGGCCAUUCCUGAUUUAGCCCACAUGUCAUGUGGCAUCAAACAAUUGGAAGGGGUAGGUCUUGUGGACAAAAAUGAUACGCCAUUGUCUGAUUGGUCCAGGAGUGUUGAUUUCUCUUCAUUUGACAGUCCAGAUGAAGAAACAUGGAUGAGAAUUACUAGAGAUCAAGGUUCUUUAGAUGAGCAAGAUGGAGCUUAUAUUGUUGAAUUGCUCAAAUCUGUGAAAAUGGUCACAGAUGUAAUGGAAGUUCUUGUUAAGAGGGUCAUCAUGGCAGAAUCAGAAACUGCUAUUGAGAAAGAGAAAGUAACUUCAGGUCAGGAAGAAAUUAAAAGGAAGGCAAUCCAAAUUGAAAAGAUGUCUUUAAAGUUGGAAGAAAUGGAAAGGUUUGCUCUGGGAACAAAUGGUAUUCUUAAUGAAAUGAGGCAGAGGGUUGAGGAUUUAGUUGAGGAAACGUCAAGGCAGAGGCAACGAGCUGCAGAAAAUGAACAAGAGCUUACUCGUGUUAAGCGGGAUUUUGAGUCUUUGAAAUCAUAUGUUAGCAGUCUCAUUAGUGUAAGAGAAACUCUUCUUUCAUCGGAAAAGCAAUUUCAGACAAUUGAGAGGCUUUUUGAACGGCUAGUUGCCAAGACAACCCAGCUAGAGGGUGAGAAAGUGCAGAAAGAGGCCGAAGUACAGAAACUUAUGGAAGAGAAUGUGAGCUUAACAGCUCUUCUGGACAAGAAGGAGGCUCAGCUUUUGGCCAUGACUGAGCAAUGCAAAGUGAUGGCCCUGAGUGCUUCAAAUAUCUAAUUUGAUUGGUAUAUCUUGCUUUCCUGCCUGUUAUCCUGCAGUGCAACAGUGCAAAGUUCUUUGCUUCCAGCAGACUUGCCAACCAGCCAGAGGAGAAUAAGGGCAACUGGAGAUGCUGGCUUAGGUGGUUUCUGACAGAUGUUUUCCUGAAAAUGUAACAUAAUGAAGAUCACAUUUAACUUUAUUGUUGCCGCUGUUGUGCUUCUGAGAAUUGAACCUGUAAGUGUUGAUCCCAUAUUGUUGUGCCAUUGAAUGGAAUUUGGUCUGUUGCUCUAAGUUUUAAUAUGUGCAUCGUUUCUUUGUAGUUGAUGACUAAAAUCUGACCCCUCUC